AUGGUCGUUCUCUGUGAGGAAUCUGCACAGAGGAAGCGGCUUGCUUUACCUCCCUAUGUGAGAGAAGGCGCCGUAAAAACCAUGAAACUCAUCAAAGAGCAACUUCUUUCUAAAGUAACUGGACUUAUUUCAGAAAAAGAUCCGUCCAUGGUGUUAGACUUCUUCCAAAAUCUCAAAACAUAUCUUGGAACAGGCAUAGACACUCUAGAUACUUCAGAGCUAUACUUUCUUAUUGAUAACUUGACGAAAUACAUUUUUAGAGAUGAAUUUUAUCUCCCGAUUCUAGUUUUUGUUUCAAAUCAAUAUUCAUGUUUAUUAGCUCUUGCAAUAGUCAACGAUUGUUUCGAUAUUACUCUUGAUUGGCAACCAAUUUACAAACUUAUUUACAAAUACGUGAUUUCAAACUCAAAACUAAGACCAGAUAUUCCAAAUCCCAUCGUUAACAUUAACUGUGGACUCAUCUCUCUCGUUAUAGACCUAUCCUACUUCUUUGAUGGAAAUGAAGUCGAUAAUAUCAUUAAUACUUUCAAGGAACACAUCGUUCACCCCAAAUCAGGCAAUGACUCGAACCAUCUCAUACUUCUUAUCGCUUUAUUACCAGUUACAAGAGCAGAUCCAGAAUCAUGGAUAGAAUUCUUCUUCGAACAAUGGUCACAUUGGCCUUCCAUGGAUGCAGACACUAUCUUUGUAUCAAAGCUUUCCAUUGCAUUCCGUUCUGGCAAGAAAGCGAAUUGGUCUAAGUACAUUCCAUUUAUUUUCCACAGACUUUCACAAAACAUCGGUGUUCCUUUGCGAAGAAACCAAAGUGAAGACGGAAACAGCAAAGAAGACAACUUCUUUUCCGACGAAUUCAUGAACUUAAAAGAUCCAACAGUAUCACAGAAAUCAUAUGCAAUAAUUAUCAUCAGUUUGUUGGCAACAGAAUACGCUGAUGAAGUGAAAAAACAUUUGGAACAAUUAUUACAUUCAUUGUUACCACUUUAUCUCCCUGAUUCUUCAGAAUCUGAUGAAGAGCCAAUGGGCGCAUACAACUUCAUUGACUUCCUUCUUCAAAAGUUUUUGAAAAGACUCAGUAAACAGAAGAAACCAAAUUUCGAAGGCCAAAAGAUUUCUGAUGAAACAAUUCGAUGGUUCGUUAAAACAUUUAUCGAAUUGUUCGGAAAAGAAUUUUACUCUUAUUCCGACUUUUUAAGGGAACUUCCUUAUUUUGUACAAGUCUGUCCUGACAUUUCAUUACCAUAUUUUUUUUCGAUGGGAGAACAAUUAUCCCAAUAUUCACAUUUUAGAAGAAGCGCCGCAGUUUGUUUCCAAUUAGUUGCACCUCUUGUUUUCCUCAAGAAUUACGAGGUUGACAGAUUGAUUGAGAACACAAAAUCAUUCGUAGAAGAUAUAUCUUCAAAUGAUCCUGAUCUUUGCAUAACUAUUUUUAGUAUGUAUAUCGAAAUAUUUUUGAUGUGUGAUAUCAAAAAAUAUUAUGGAAUUGACUUUAUUAUGACACUUUUACGAAGAUCUGUUGAAUUUGCAGCUUCAUGCGAAGGAGAAGAUUUAAAGUCAGCAAUGACAAAUCUUAUUGCAAUGCUCUCUGCUUUGAAAUACCAUUUGAAAGAUGAAAUUAAAGAUGAAGUCGAAAAAUAUAUUGCUGAAGUCUACACAACAUUACCACGUUCAUGUAUUGCACCGUUUAUUGAUGAAUUAUCACCACUUUCGAUGGCCAAAUCAUUGCUGAAAGAGAAUCCAACAGACAAAGACAUGAAAGUGCUUUGUUGUUUGAUAAGAGAUUCCCCUAUUUUCGAUGUUUUGAGUACACAAGAACUUGCUGAUUUUCUCAUUAAAAUGGCUGAAAAAGAUGAUGCGAAAAUUAAGAAAUUGAGUUAUUCUUGCGUCAAAUGGUAUCUUAGAAGUUUUGUUUUAUCAUAUCCUUUCGAAAACAGAGUUCUUGGUCCUCAAAAACUCACAGAACAGUUCUUGAAAUGGCAUGAACCUUCUGAAGAAGAAUUCGACACAGCUGUAAAAUACGCAAAAUUUUUCUUCGAAAAGGCUAAGGAAAUUUUCAAUAAAGCUAAAGGAACAAAGAAAAUCGAAAGCAUCAAAUUCGUCCAUGCAAUUAUUAAUGGUUUGUCAGGAGGUGUAGAUCCAGCUUGUUUAGGAGAAAACAGAGGUUUCAACAUAAUUUUCCAGAAAAAUAACACUUCAAAGAAAAUUUCUGAAGUUUUUGUUGAAAUUACUGAUUGGCUUUUGGAGAAUUUAACUGAAGAACAACAUCCUAGUGUACAAUCAAAGAUAAUUAACACAUUAUCUGAUUGUUUCGCUCCUUUGGAUGAAGUUGCCAAAAAUUCUGAAGAAUUACAAAAAGGAUAUCAUGAAGGAUAUACAUAUUACAACCUCAAAUAUAUACUUGAUAGAGAUAGUUGCAUGCUAUCGAAUAUUAUUUAUCUCUUUGCUGUUAAAGAAUAUGCGAAUUUGCUUGCAUUCACACAGUUACCUUAUACAACAUUCCAAGAAAGGAUUUACGAAAAAAUAAUGGAUUUCGCAGCUUCUAUUCAUAAAUCUGUAUCAGUAAGUGUAACUAAUUUUGUUGUUGCCUGCCAGAUUUCAAAGAAUUUCCAACGUCAAGUCAGUAAAUUCUCACAAAAAGCCUUCAAAUCAUUCGAAAAAUCUGUUGAAAACGGUUCGAAUUUGUCUUCUUCUUCGACUGCUGCAAAUGUAAUGGUUAUGACGGUUUCUCAUUCUGAAAACGGCUUUGACAAUGUUACAAAAGCAUUAUUAUCACUUUGUACUCCAGUUCCAAAGGAUGAUUCCGGCGAAAUUAUCCACUGCGCUCAGUAUCAUUUAAUUGAUGACUUUGAUAUGGGAAUUUUCAGCAGAGAUACAACUUAUGAAAAGAAAUUGGAGUUCAUCAAGAAACUGAUUUCCAAAUCAAUGUUGUAUCCAAUGGAUAGUGACAUUGAAAUUUACACAAUUUGGAUUUUGAGGGUUAUCGGAAAUGGAAUAUUUGACACAGAACUUGUCAGUUUCCUUUUGAAGCACAUCACAUCUCCUGAACUAAGAACAAGAUCUUUCGCAAUGCAACUACUCUUUUCAACAAUGGAAAGAUUAAUUCCAAGAAUUAAAGUUGCUGAAAAAUUGCCAUUUGAGCAAAAAGUGACAGAAGAAAAAUCUGAUCAAAAAGUGACAGAAGAAAAAUCUGAUCAAAAAGUGACAAAUGAUCAAAAAGUGACAGAUGAAAAAGCAGAAGAUGAUUCAGCAAAUAGAGAAGUUAAUUGGGAUAACUUUGAUAGUAUAGAGUUUGAAGAUAAUAAGCCAUAUAUUGGAUAUAGAAAGAAAGGAGUUAUUUUGACUCCAGACAUUUACAAAGAAAAUAUUGGAAAAUAUUUCGAAGAAAGAGUUUCAGAACGUAUCCAAGUCUACAAUUUAUUGAAUGAAACAUGCAACAACGAGGCAUUCAUUAAGAACACAACACAAACAAUUUCAGAUGUCAGAGAUCACGAAGAAUUUGACUUCUUCCUUGAACAUAUUUCUACUUGGCAAUCUUUGACAAGAUUGUUUGGUCCUGAAUUUGCGAUCAAAGCUCUCAAUGUUGCAAAAUCAUUUAUAAAUAAAUUGAACACAGAAAUUGUUCAAUACACAGGAAACGAACUGAUUUUCGGAGUAAUUACAGGUCUUUCCAAUUUCAGCAGCAAACAAAUCAAACAAGUUUAUGAUAAACUUGCAGAAGUUCUUUCUAAAUCAUACGAAAUAGAUGGCGAAUUCAAAUGGUCCGAAGCUAUUUCUUUCUUAGUUAUAAGGAAAGAUCCAAGAAGAUUCUUUUGGCUCAGAGAAAUCCUUGAAAAGAUUGAACCUCCUUCCAAUUAUUCAUUGACAAAGAAGACAAGAGAAAAAGUUGAUCUUCUCAAGAGUUUGAUUGUUUUGUGUUCCCAUGACAAAGAAUCUCUUUUAUCUCUUUUGCCAAGAUUCACUGAAAUCUUUGAUCCAAAGUGUUUGAGUUUAGAUUAUUCCAGGAAACUUGUUGUUGGAUGUUCUGUUGAUUUCCUCAUCCAAAUGAAUUAUUUGGAUCUUCACGAUGAAAUUGAAGAUUUCUUCUACGAAAACAUCAUGGCUUGCGAUGAUGAUUUCAUCUAUGAUUUCAUUCAGAAAGCAUUUACUGAUGCAGCUGGAUUAACUUAUUUCCUCUAUGACUUAGUUGCCAAUAACAUUGAAGCAAUUGUUUCUGAUCUAGAAAACAAAGAUCCAGAUGAUAUUGAUGAAAUGCAGAUUUCUGUUUUGACUCUUUUAGAUGAUAAUCCUAAAAUUGAUAGAGCAGAAAUACAAGAGCUGUUUGAAGGCAUGUUGGAACAAUUCGCUCCAACACCUGAUCUGCAUUGGAGUACUCAAUGUAUAAGAAUCAGUUUGGUCAUGCCAUUUAUAAUGAAUAAUAUUUAUUUGAUUGACCCUGUUUUGAUUCAAAAUUAUUUGGAAAAAUACAUCAUCAAAUUCUCGAUUUUCUCAAAUAAUCCAAAUGUCGGAGAAGCAGCAAUGUUACUCCUUAAGAACUGCUUCAAGAACAUUAAGUACUUCGAGCAAUUAAAGAGAAAGUAUGUUGAUGAAUUCCGUGAAAAAUUGUUCCAUCCUGAUCCAAUUGUAAAAAGUGACAAAAAGAAUUCGAAGAAUAAAUCGAAAUCGCCACAGAAGAGUCGCAUGAAGAGGGAUGACAGUGAAGGACAGAUUGUUGACACUAGAAUCGGUCCUAUUCGCGGUUUGAUGGCAAUAGCCCUUUCUGAAACUAUUGUUGACAAAGUUUCUGAUGAAGUUAUUGAUGCAAUGACUGCAAUCGUUGAUGGUUCAGAAAUUAACCAGAAUUUGAACCAACUUUGCACUCGAUUCUUCUCUGCUUUCUGGCAGAGAUACAACGAUAACUUGACAUCUGAAGCAGCAGAAAAACUCUCACCAUUCAUCUUUGCAAUCAAACCAACUUAUAUUGCAUAA